AUGGUUCUGUUUGUGAUUAAAAGAGACGGAAGCAAAGAAAAGGUGCACUUUGAUAAGAUUACAAAGCGCAUAUUGCAGCUCUGUAAUGGCCUUGACAUUGAUCGAAUCGAUCCUGUCCUUAUAGCGCAAAAGGUUGUKGCUGGCAUUUAUUCAAACGUAAAAACAACCGAGCUAGAUAAUCUUGCCGCCGAGACGGCUGCCUAUAUGACAACGAUUCACCCGGAUUAUGCAACUCUGGCGAGCAGAAUAGCAGUUAGUAACCUUCACAAAGAAACGAAGAGUACCUUUUCUGAAGUGAUUAAGGAUCUCUUUGACAAUGUCAAUGAAAUCUCGGAAAAGCCCCAGCCCAUGAUUGCCGAAACGCUUUAUCAUGUUGUGAUGGAAAACAGAGAAAGAAUCGAUGCUGCUAUCGAAAAUUCUCGAGAUUUCGACUAUCAGUAUUUUGGAUUUAAAACCCUUGAGCGUUCGUAUCUGCUGAGAAUCAGGGGCAAGGUUGUGGAGCGUCCCCAGUAUCUGAUCAUGAGAGUUGCGCUUGGCAUUCACGGUGAAGACGUCGACUCUGCCAUCGAAACGUAUAAUUUGAUGUCUCAGCGGAUGUUCACCCAUGCCUCCCCAACCCUUUUUAAUGCCGGUACACCGCGGCCCCAGCUUUCAUCCUGUUUUUUGAUUGCAAUGACUGACGAUUCGAUCACCGGAAUAUAUGACACCCUGAAAACAUGUGCAUUGAUUAGCAAGUCUGCCGGGGGUGUUGGUCUUCAUAUCCAUAAUAUAAGAGCCUCUGGGUCUUAUAUUGCUGGAACAGGUGGCUACUCAAACGGUAUAGUCCCCAUGCUUCGUGUCUAUAACAUGACUGCACGAUAUGUCGAUCAAGGCGGGAAUAAACGACCUGGCGCCUUUGCAAUUUAUUUGGAGCCCUGGCACGCUGAUGUUUUCGAUUUCUUGGAUUUAAAGAAAAAUUUUGGAAAAGACGAGGGUCGGUGCAGGGAUCUUUUUUAUGCCCUAUGGAUACCCGAUCUGUUCAUGAAACGAGUGGAGCAAGAUGGGAUGUGGACUCUUUUCUGUCCAAAUGACGCUCCAGGUUUGUCCGACUGUUGGGGACCGGAGUUUGAAGAGUUAUAUGCUUCAUAUGAGGCCAAAGGUCUUGGUCGUAAAACGAUCCCUGCCCAAAAGCUCUGGUAUGCCAUUCUUGAUGCGCAAGUGGAAACCGGAACGCCAUACAUGCUCUUUAAAGAUUCUUGCAACGCAAAGUCUAAUCAAAAAAACCUGGGGACCAUCAAAAGCUCAAACUUGUGUACAGAAAUCAUCCAGUACUCAUCAAAAGAUGAGGUUUCCGUUUGUAACCUCGCUUCCAUUGCACUUCCGAUGUUUAUCAAAAGCGACGGGUCUUUUGAUUUUGAUAUGCUACAUUAUGUUGCCAAAGUGGUAACAAAAAAUCUUAAUAAUAUUAUCGAUGUCAACUUCUAUCCUGUCGAGGAGGCUAGGCGAUCAAAUAUGAGACAUAGACCGAUUGGAAUUGGCGUCCAAGGUCUUGCAGAUACGUUCUUACGAUGCAAAAUGCCUUUUGACAGCCCUCCAGCGCGAGAAUUGAACAUAAAGAUAUUUGAGACAAUAUACCAUGCUGCUCUUGAGCAGUCGUGUGAGCUGGCUCAGCAAACUGGUACAUACGAGUCUUACCAGGGAAGCCCCAUUUCUCAGGGCAUCUUUCAAUUCGACAUGUGGAAUGUUGUGCCAUCAUCUUUAUGGGAUUGGGAUUCCCUUCGUGCGAAGGUUGCCAAGUAUGGCGUUAGGAACUCCUUGCUCCUAGCUCCGAUGCCCACGGCCUCGACAUCCCAAAUAUUAGGGUUCAACGAAUGCUUUGAGGCCUACACGUCAAAUAUAUAUACAAGACGAGUGUUAUCCGGCGAAUUUCAAAUUCUCAAUCAAUAUCUCUUUAAGGAUUUGAUAAAUCUAGGUUUGUGGGAUGCGUCUAUGCGAACCAGGAUCAUUGCAAACAAUGGCUCAAUUGCGAAUAUACCCGAGAUUCCUGAAGACAUAAGGCACCUUUAUAGGACCGUGUGGGAAAUUCCACAAAAGAGCAUCAUUGAUAUGGCCGUGGACCGAGGCGCCUUUAUCGACCAAAGCCAGUCUCUCAAUAUUCACAUUGCCGAGCCUUCCAUCUCGAAGCUCACUUCUAUGCAUUUUUACUCGUGGAAAAAGGGGCUAAAGACCGGCAUGUAUUAUCUGCGAACAAAGCCUGCAGCUGAAGCCAUUAAAUUUACCGUCGAUCCUACUCUUGUCAAAUCACUGGGCGAUUUUACUUUGAGCCCCAAAAAAGAGCAACGCAGUGUGCCCCUGCCAGUACUUUCUGCAAGUUCAACUUGCGAAGACAGUCCAUUUGUCGAGCCUGAUAAGGACAAAAUCCCAAGGAACUCGAAAUCAUAUGAUCCGGCUGCAGUUUUGGCCUGUUCUUUGGAAAACAUGGAUAGCUGCACCAUGUGUUCUGGAUGA